ACUCUUCCUUACUUCUCUCUUCAUUCCUUUACCACUACCUUAAUAUUCUCUUUCAGGUACCUACACAGACAGGAGUCACGGUUGUUCUCUAAACUUCCCAGCAGCCCGUAGCUCCCUAAUCACUCUACAAAUUACAACCUACUAACCCACAAAACAUCCACCUCACCGAAGCUAAAAGCAAGAAAGCAGAGGGGAUUUCCUCGUCCACUGCAGGAGUGAACCGAACAACUGGAACCAAGCCCUAAGAACUAGACGCGAGAGAUCAAAAACUACUAGUUUUCUACGCUCGCACUAUCAAUAUUGGAUAUUGGCUUUGUUUGAAUUGGCUAUCUAUCAUACCCCAGUUGCUACUUAGCUUGACUCACCACAUAUUUAUUUACAUGAAGAAGUGAUGAAGUAAUGCAUUUUUAUAAUGUUGUGAGAUCGUGUGAAAAGUCCUAUUUAGGAUGUAGAUUACUGGGUAGAGUAGGCACCAUGAUUUCCAAAAACUGCAGUGAAGCAAGAUUUCCUGUUGUGCUAAUUUACAUGGCCAUCUUAAUAUAAACCAACCUAAAGUUAAGCAUAUUCUAAUGGCUUAAUCAGAAAUGCCAUUUCGGUCAGUUGUACCCCCACCUGAUUUUUUAUCGAAAGCUGAAUUCAAUAGACCUUGUGGUCGAUCACCCAACAAAAUUUCUACUUUACUGACCAACGUACAACGGAGGAAUGUCCAAACACUCGCCCCAACAGAAUCCAAAGAUCUGACAUUCUUCCAAAUGGCUGCACAGGGUGAGCUCUUGUUAUUACAGAGAGAAAUUGAGAAUCGAAACUAUUGUCUUGAUGUUCAAGACAACCAGGGGUUUACUCCGUUGUUGUGGGCUUGUGCCAAUGGACAAAAGGCUGCAGUGGAACUACUUGUCUUUUAUGGGGCAAAUGUACUUCUUUCUGGAGAUAAUGGGGAAACUGGUUUACUUCUAGCUGCCAGUCGUGGUCAUUUUGACGUAGUUCUCUACUUGCUGAAAGCUGGCUGUCCAGUAGAUGUAUCUGACGAACUCUGUAACACUGCACUCAUGUUUGCAGCCUACAACAACAAUGCCGCGAUUGUAUCUUUGUUACUCGACUGGGGCGCUGAUAUCACCACUACAAAUGGGGACGGAUGGACGGCACUUGAUUUGGCUAUACGACGAGGCUCACGUGCUAGCCAACGUAUUAUUGAGAAGCACAUUUUGUCACUAUUACAAAACUAUUAGUUUUUCAAACUAUGAUAAUUUUAAGGUUUUAAUACUUUCAAGUGAUAUACAAACAUCUGCUUACUUUUAUUACAGAAGCACUCAUGUUCUAGUUCCAGAGAUUGAUGAAUAAAAGAAAACCACAUCUUCCAG